AUGUUAUCUCUGUUUCAUCGUGCCUUCUACAAAGAUGACUUCAACACCCAAGCAUCAGAGCAUAGUCUCUCAGCAUGGCACUUCAUCGUCGAAGGCGUCCUGACCAUCGGCCUCGCCCUGAUCUUCGCCUUCAUCCUCCCCAACUCCAACAAACGCAUCCUCACCCUCUCCAACCUCGAAUGCGAAUACAUCCAAUGGAACUUUGAGCGCGACCUCGGCCAACAAGACAACAGCGACGAACAAACAGCCUGGCAAGGUCUAGUCCUCGCUAUCCAAGACCCAAAAACCUGGCUGAUGAUGGCCCUCCUCACAUCCACAUAUAUCUGCCGCACGGUCAUCAACUUCUUCCCUAGCGUCGUGUCAACACUAGGAUUCAAUCGAAAUACCACGUACGGCCUGACUGCCCCACCAUUCAUGCUCUGCGUGCUCUGCAUGCUCAUCAACGGAUUUCACUCCGACAAGCGACAAGAGCGGUACUGGCACAUCGUCGCCCCUCUCUCAGUCACAGUCCUCGCCUUCAUCAUCGCGGUUUCAACCCUCAACACCGCAGCGCGAUAUGUAGCAAUGGUGCUCGUGCCUGCAUCCUUCUAUAGCACAGCGAUCGUGAUUCUUUCGUGGAUCACGAGCAGUCUUAACCAGCCGAAGGUCAAGAGAGCUGCUGCUAUUGCGGCGAUUAAUGCCGUGAGUAACACGGCGAAUAUAUAG